GCUUCAAGCCAAUAAGCAGGGAAGAAGAGAAAGGCGGACGUUAGCGAAAGCUGCAACGGCACAAGACAAAAAAGGCGAAGUUGUCGACUGUAAAACUUUCAAAAAUGUUGAAAGAGUUGGUGAGGGAGCGACUAAUGGCGGCGGCGGAUGAAAUAUUCGCGCUGUUCGAAAGAACAAUCGCGUCCUACGAGGAGGAACUUUCUCGAACAAGAAAGAAGGAGCGACAACUGGAAGCUGCUAGCAGGUCUCCUAUUGUGCUACACGUUGAAGAUGUCCAGCAGCUGAUUGGUCGUCAGGAAGAACGUCCCCCUCAGCUGCACAUGGGGAGUUCCGCUUUGAAUCAGGAGGAUCCACAGCCCCCUCGCAUUAAAGAGGAAGAGGCGGAGCUCGGGAUCACACAGGAUAUAGAACGUCUUCCAGGGCCCAAGAAUGCUGAUGCCACCGAAUUACCCCUGCCGGUCGUCUCUGUGAAGAUUAAAGACGGUGAAGAUGAACCACAAGCGGACAACCUCAUAGCUCCGCUAUCCGAUAGUGACGACAUGUCACACUUUCCUGAGAAUGAAGACAGGAACGACGCCCAAAGACCUUCGAGCAGCGAUGCAAACUGUGAAGGCGAUAUCGGGACUCGCACCGGCAACGACGAACCUGAGUGCUCCAACAAGAAGACGGUUGCAGAAUGUUUUACCUGCUCAGUUUGUGCUAAAAGUUAUUCUAAAGCGGGCAGUUUGACUCGACACAUGUGGACGCACACGGGAGGAAACCCCGUUUGUGGUGAACAGUUUGCUGGAAAUGUACCGUUGGACGCGCACGUGGAAACCCACGUGGGCGAAAAGCAUUUCAGCUGCUCAAUUUGUGGCGAUAGAUUCGUGCAGAGUUCCUCUUUGAAAGCACACUUGAGAACACACGCGGGCCUCAAGCCUUUUGGUUGUUCAAUUUGUGGCGACACGUUUUCUCAAAAAUCCAGUUUGAAGGGACACAUCAGAACACACACGGGAGAAAAACCUUUUAGUUGCAUAUAUUGCGGUAAGAGGUUUUCCUGUAGGGGUAAUAUGAACGUGCACAUGAGGACACACACGGGGGAGAAACCUUUUGGUUGCUUAAUAUGCGGUAAAAUCUAUUCUCAUAAGAAAAAUUUGAAAGCACACAUGUUGAGACACAAUUGAGAAGAAAUACUCCCCUGUCUAGUUUGUGUUGACGUUCUUACCUCAGAAAGGCUGAUUGGUUGAGGACAACAUGGAUGAUGGAGUUAAAGUUCCACUGAUAGUCACACACACACACACACAUGAGGUGUGGUGAAAUUAUCCUCUGCAUUUGACCCAUCCCCUUGUCCCCCCACCCCAAAUAAACAGAGGU